ACUCGGGAAACGUGCAACAGCAACACCCAUCCACGUGUCUGUUACCAACACUCUCUUUUCUUCUUCUCUUCUGAUUCCUGGUUUCCAAUCACUUUAACUAUGGCGUUGGUUAAUCCAUUUCUCUCCCCCACUCGAACUUCACUGCCGUUGCGCAUUUCCAUUCCCCCAUCAAACCAACUACUACGUUGGACUCUGUGUUCUGUGUCAUCAUCAACAACAAGAACGAAACACUUGAGGUGUGGUGCCACUGCAGAUAUCAAAACAGCACCUUUAAUUGACGGGGAAGAAGAUGGGAAGGUUCUUGUGGGUCCUACCAGCGAGGAGAGUGUGGUUGCAGACUAUGACUGGACACAGGAAUGGUACCCUCUGUACCUCACUAAGAAUGUGCCCCAAGAUGCACCCCUCGCUCUCACUGUCUUUCACAAGCAACUCGUGUUGUUUAGGGAUGCCAAUGCCAUCUUUCGAUGUUACGAAGAUCGCUGCCCCCACAGGUUAGCGAAACUAUCAGAGGGCCAGUUGAUUGAUGGAAGGCUUGAGUGCCUGUACCAUGGAUGGCAAUUUGAAGGGGAGGGCAAAUGUGUGAAGAUACCUCAGCUUCCUGCUGAUGCAAAAAUCCCUCGGUCUGCAUGUGUAAGAACAUAUGAAGUGAGGGACUCUCAAGGUGUUAUUUGGGUGUGGAUGUCCCUAAAGACACCUCCAAAUGUCAAUAAAAUACCUUGGUUUGAGAACUUUGCAAGGCCAGGGUUUCAAGAUAUUUCAACAAUUCAUGAACUCCCAUACGAUCACUCUAUUCUUCUGGAGAACCUGAUGGAUCCUGCCCAUGUGCCAAUCUCACAUGAUAGAACAGAUUGGACUGCAAAAAGAGAGGAUGCGCAGCCGCUAUGUUUUGAGGUGACCGAAAGAACUGAUAGAGGGUUUGCAGGCUGGUGGGGCAGGGAGAAAGAUGGCUCUAUGCUUAACUUCUUAAGAUUUGAGGCUCCUUGUGUUCUACAAAACAAUAGGGAAAUUGUUGAUAAAAAUGGUGAAAAAAACUACUUCAGUGGUCUGUUUCUUUGUAGACCAACUGGACAAGGGAAAUCCAUGGUGAUAGUGAGGUUUGGAUCAACAAAAAGAUCUCCACUAGUAAAGCUGUUUCCUGAAUGGUACUUCCAUCAGAAUGCAGGGAAGGUAUUUGAGCAAGACAUGGGAUUCUUAUCAUCCCAAAAUGAAACUCUUUUGAGAGAGAAAGCUCCAACAAAGGAACUAUACCUGAAUCUAAAAUCAUCAGACACAUGGGUUGCUGAAUACAGGAAGUGGGUGGACAAAGUGGGGCAUGGGAUGCCAUAUCAUUUUGGUCAUAGCACUAUUUCCUUACCCAAAGAGCCUGCUGUGGUCGAACAUGCUCCUGCUGGACUCAUUGCAGGAUUAUCCGCUUCCUCACCUGCCAAAGGGGGCAUUGGAACAAUGCAUGCCCCUAAUUUAGCCAAUAGAUAUUUUAGGCAUGUAAUACAUUGCAAAGAAUGUAGUACUGUGGUAAAGGCUUUCCAAAGUUGGAAAAAUGCCCUUUCAGCUGUGGCUGUUGCAUUGGCUGCAUUGGCUAUUCUGGUAUCUGGUAGACAGUGGAAAUUACUCCUACUGGUAUCUGCGUCUCUAUGCUCUGUUGGAGUCUAUGCUUGCUCAACAGCAAUUGCAAUGAACACAACAAAUUUUAUCAGGACACAUAGGAGAUUGUGAGGUACUAGUUGUAAAGUAGUCGUUUUUAAAUGAAUGCAUUUAGUUUGUCUA